AUGGGGUUCUUGGUGACAUUUGGUGGGGCUUUCCUUUGUUGGAUUGUCAGCGGGGUAGCAUCUUUCAGCCCCUGGGAUUUCUCAGGAGGUGUGGCUGCCUGGUUCCCUCCAACUGCGCCACCUGUCGGGCAGCCCUACCGUCCUUUCUCUUCUGAGCGUAAUUCUUGGGGCAGAGUGGACGUUUCUCAGGCUAGAGCCCUGUCCACCUUGACCCCUGUUUCGGUACAGUGUGGGGAGGCCCAAGUGGUAGUCACUGUAAACAGGGACCUGUUUGGCUCUGGGAGGCUGAUCCAAGCUGCAGACCUGAGCCUGGGUUCUUCUGGCUGCAAACACACCUCCCUCAACGCUGCUGAGAACACGGUGAUCCUUGAAGCUGGUCUCCAUGAAUGCGGCAGCACCUUGCAGAUUACUCCAGACUCCUUGGUGUACAGCAUCAGCUUGUACUACAAACCUACCCAUGGUAGCAAUGCUGUGGUGAUAAGGACCAACUCGGCUGAAGUUCCUAUUGAGUGUCACUAUCCAAGGAAGAACAAUGUGAGCAGUAAAGCCAUCAAGCCAACCUGGAUUCCCUUCAGCUCCACUUUUUCUGCCGAACAAAAGCUGAGCUUCUCCUUGCAUUUAAUGAAUGAUGACUGGAGUGCUGAGAGAGCCUCCAAUGGAUACCAACUGGGAGAUGUUAUGAACAUCCAGGCAACAGUGAAUGGUGAGAACCAUGUAGCUCUGAGGCUGUUUGUUGACACCUGUGUAGCCACCUUGAGCCCCGAGAGGGAUUCCAGUCCCCGAUACGCUAUCAUUGACUACAACGGCUGCCUUGUUGAUGGGAGAUCAGAUUCCAGCUCUACCUUCCUAUCGCGAAGGGUUACAGAAGAUUCGCUGCGGUUCACAGUAGAUGUCUUCAGGUUUAUGGGAGAUCCUCGAGACUUGAUCUACAUAACUUGUCAUUUGAAAGUGACUGCUCUUGAUCAUGUGCCGGAUCCCGUUACAAAAGCUUGUUCUUUCAGCAAAGCUAACAACAUCUGGAUUCCAGUAGAAGGUACUAGGGAUAUCUGCAGCUGCUGUGAAACCGGGAACUGUGGACCAAUUGGUGGCGCACCAAGAAGAGCCAAUUCUUGGGACAGAUGGGGUACAGGGAGGCGAGUUGGCAGAGACGCGGCUCCCAAACAUGACCCACAGAAGAAAGAAGUGGAGAUGGAUGUUACACUAGGUCCCAUCGUCAUCCUAGAUGCAUACAUGGCUUCCAGGAGUUCUCUGGGGCUGGGCCUCCAAAGUCAGGCAGCAGACGCAACUGCUGAAUAUGGGAGCUUUUCAAUGCCUGCGCUGAUGGUGGGGCUGGUCCUGAUGUCUAUUGCUAUGGUACUGGCCCUGACUCUAGCAAUUCUCCUCUUGUCCAAGAAGCGAUCAAGUUCUCCUUAA